AUGUUAUUGCAGCAAAUCCAUGGAGCAUACAUAGGAUCCGAGACUGGUGGCUUGACAAAGGGUUCCAUCGAUGAAUCUUUCAUUGUUCUUGGAGAUGAGUGCAAUGUGCAUCGAACGCGCUCAAGUAUGGUAGUUUUUAUCGGUGAGAGGUGGAGUAACAAGAAUGAGUGCCGGAUUCUCGUUGGGAUGAAGAUAAAACAGAUUUGCAGAGUCCAGCAUCUGAUUGCAGCACUCAAUGAAAUUCUUGCUAAUGAUACAGUAGAUGAGGCUGGUUUGUGGAAGAAGAAACUCACUUAUCAGUCAUUGGAGCUUUUUGACUUUUUACCUCAAGCAAUCCAAGAACAAUUGUUGCUUGAAAGAGAUCCACAUGGAAAUGUUCAGGUUGCCAAAAUUGAAACAAAGAAAAUGGUUAUCGAAAUGGCUGAAACUGAGUUGGGAAAGAGAAAGCAAGAAGGAAAGUAUACAGGAGAAUUCAAAGGCCAGACUCUUUUGGUUAUGAAGGUAGAUGUGGGUUGCCAACAAAUUUUGAUGCUAAUUAUUGCUAUGCUCUUGGUUAUGGUUGGAAAUUUAUGUGCUCCAGUAAAAGACUUGACAGUUGGUGGAACUGCACUCACCUCACUCAUGGAUGUAGAGAGGAGACAUGGUAAAUUUAAGCCUGUUAUUAAGAAGGCGGUGGUGGAGCUUGAAGAUGAUUUUGUGAAGAGAGAGUUUAGUGAGAGAGAAGUAUAA